UUCUAGGAGCGGGUGGCGACGAAGUCAUGGACCGCAACCCUUCGCCGCCGCUGCCGAGUCGGGACCAGGACGAGGAGGAGGGGGCCGGGGGUGACUGCAUAGGAAGCACGGUCUACAGCAAACACUGGCUCUUCGGCGUCCUCAGCGGGCUCAUCCAGAUUGUUAGCCCUGAAAAUACCAAAUCCAGUUCAGAUGAUGAGCAGCAGAUGGAGCUUGAUGAAGAAAUGGAGAAUGAAAUUUGCAGAGUAUGGGAUAUGUCAAUGGACGAGGAUGUGGCUCUAUUUCUCCAAGAAUUCAAUGCUCCUGACAUAUUUAUGGGAGUAUUGGCCAAAUCCAAAUGUCCUCGGUUAAGAGAAAUCUGUGUGGGAAUUUUAGGUAAUAUGGCCUGUUUCCAGGAGAUAUGUGUGUCCAUCAGCAGUGAUAAAAAUCUUGGACAGGUGUUAUUGCACUGUUUGUAUGAUUCAGACCCUCCUACUCUUCUGGAAACAAGCCGGUUGUUGCUUACUUGUCUUUCCCAGACAGAAGUAGCCAGUGUCUGGGUUGAAAGAAUCUGGGAAUAUCCAGCUAUUUAUGAUAGCAUUUGUUUCAUUAUGUCAAGUUCAACAAAUGUUGACUUGCUGGUCAAGGUGGGGGAGGUUGUGGACAAGCUUUUUGAUUUGGAUGAGAAGCUAAUGUUGGAAUGGAUUAGAAAUGGGGCUGUUCAGCCUCUGGACCCACCCCAGGAAGAUUCUGAAGAGCAGCCAGUGUUUAAGAUUGUGCCCUGUGUACUUGAAGCUUCAAAACAAGUACGUUCUGAAAAUCCAGAAGGGCUCGAUGUUUACAUGCAUAUCUUACAGCUGCUUACCACAGUGGACGAUGGAAUUCAAGCAAUUGUACAGUGUCCUGAUACUGGAAAAGACACUUGGAAUUUACUUUUUGACCUGGUCUGCCAUGAAUUUUGCCAGUCUGAUGAUCCACCCAUCAUACUUCAAGAACAGAAAACAGUGCUAGCUUCUGUUUAUUCAGUGUUGUCUGCCAUCUAUGCGUCACAGACUGAACAGGAGUAUCUAAAGAUAGAAGAAGUAGAUCUUCCUCUAAUUGACAGCCUGAUUCGUGUCUUACAAAACAUGGAACAUUGUCAGAAGAAACCAGAGAACUCGGCAGAUUCUAACAUGGAAGAAACGAAAAAGUCUGACUUAACCCAAGAUGAUUUCCACUUGAAAAUCUUAAAGGAUAUUUCAUGUGAAUUUCUUUCUAAUAUUUUUCAGGUUUUAACAAAGGAGACUGUGGCUCAGGGACUAAAGGAGGGCCAGUUAAGCAAACAGAAGUGUUCCUGUGCAUUUCAAAACCUUCUUCCUUUUUAUAGUCCGGUGAUAGAAGACUUUCUCAAAAUUCUACAUGAAGUUGAUAAAACUCUUGCUGAUGACCUGGAGCAAAACUUCCCAAGUUUGAAGGCUCAGACUUAAACACUGAAUUGGAGUUUCCUCUGCCCAAUAA